GGAGGAAGUAGGCUAUCUCCUCAGCCUGGCUCAGUGUGUGUGGGGCAGUGUGCUCCUCCUUCACUUGUCGCUAAACAGCGGGUUAUAGUUCAGCUAAAACCAAAAAAAGCUUUUUUGUUAAUACAAGUUGUUUCCCCUCCGUCCAGGCUGAAGCGGCGCAGCGGCAGCCCGGACCAGAAGCGACCAGCAUGCAUUCAGAUUGCAGGCUGCUACGGGCAGAGCGGUAAUGGUGGGCAGGGGACCCGCUGGGGCCGCGGUGCUCCUCCUGUCCCUGCUCAUCGUUCUGGGCUGUCGAGGGCAGAAAGGAGAUGGCUGUGGCCCCAGUGUGCUCGGCCCCAGCAGCGGCACUCUGUCCUCUCUGGGAUAUCCGAGGACAUAUCCCAACAACACUGUGUGUGAGUGGGAGAUCACUGUGCCGCGUGGAAAGAGGAUCCACUUUCGCUUUGCGGCGCUCGACAUACAGGACAGCGACCGCCAGGUCAACUAUCUCCGUCUCUACAACGGCAUCGGACAGGAACGGCGAGAGAUCGUAAAAUACUGCGGUUUAGAUCAGAAGGUUGAUGAGCUGAUAGAGUCCUCGGGUAACCAGGUAACGGUCCAGUUCAUGAGUGGGACGCACCGUACUGGCCGUGGAUUCUACCUGUCCUACUCCACCACUGAGCACCCAGAUCUAAUCACUUGCCUCGACAAAGGAUCUGAUUUCCCUGAGGCAGAGUUCAGUAAAUACUGUCCUGCAGGCUGCUUGACGUCGACGGAGAAGAUCUCUGGAACCAUACCGAAUGGAUACAGAGAGUCGUCCCCCCUGUGUGUGGCAGCGGUCCACGCAGGUGUAGUGUCCAACGCUGUGGGAGGGAGGAUCCACGUGGUGAGCAGCAAAGGCAUUCCUCACUACGAGGGAACACUGGCGAACAAUGUCACUUCCACUGGAGGAACUUUGUCUAACAGCCUCUUCACCUUCAAAACAAACGGCUGCUACGGGACGCUGGGGUUGGAGUCCGGCGGGGUUGCGGACACUCAGCUCAGCUCCUCGUCCGUGUGGGACUGGAACACCACCGCCGGUCAGCCCCGAGUGUGGAGGGAAUCCGGAGCUCGCCUGAAGAAGGCCGGGCUGCCCUGGGCUCCGUCACACAGCGACCAGCAGCAGUGGCUGCAGGUCGACCUCAAGAGGGAGAAGAGGAUCACAGGGAUCAUCACCACAGGUUCCAACCUGAGCGAGUACCGGUACUUCGUGUCUGCAUAUCAGGUUCUGUACAGCAAAGAUGGCAAGGUGUGGCAUUUCUACAAGAACACUAAUUCCACGCAAGACAAGAUUUUUCAGGGUAAUACCAACUACGCGGACAAAGUGAGGAAUAACUUCAUUCCUCCAAUCGAGGCUCGUUUUGUGAGGAUUAAACCCACCUCAUGGCAUCAGAGGAUUGCCCUCAAGCUGGAGCUGCUUGGCUGCCAAGUCCCUGAAGUGAGGGUGAGGACGGUUCCAAAACUUUUCACCACUUCUGGUUCUGGUCCAACUCUACCUCCUGUGAAGACGAAGCAUCCGUCUCAUUAUGGUGAAACCACGCAAACCCCAGACAUCAGGAACACGACAAUGCCCCCUCACACUGGCAGCGAUGUUGUGUUGACGACAAUUCUGGUACCCAUUACUGUCACGAUCCUGACCGCUCUGAUCUUGACCGCGGCCUGUGCUUGCCACUGGAGGAAUAAGAAAAAGAGCGCAGAGGGAACGUACGACAUUCCUUACUGGGAUCGCACAGUUUGGUGGAAAGGCAUGAAGCAGCUGCUGCCCUCCAAGAUGGUGGAGACGGAGGAUUCAGUUCGCUACAGCACCCCUGAGGUCAGCCGGCUGCCGGGAAGGGGAGCCGUACCCGGACUGCACGCUGAACCUGCAGAGUACGCCCAACCACUGGUGAGCGGCGUGACAACAUUAGGUCCACGUUCAACCUUUAAACCGGACGAAGGGCCUGAACCAGGGUACUCUGAUCCUGACCUGUAUGAUGCACCCAUCCCACCCAAUGUUUACCACCCCUACGCAGAACCGCUGCCGUCAUCCGGAUCCGAAUACGCUACGCCCAUCGUCGUGGACAUGGGCUGCCACCUUCCCUCCACAGUGCUUAACUUUGUGAGCUCCGGGCCGUCCUCGAAGCUCGCAUGGACCGACAGCGGGCAGUCUGGGGGGUCGGUGUAUGACACACCUAAAAAUGCCAACGGACAGACCACGCCCACUCAGGAUCUGACCUAUCAGGUUCCUCAGAGUAAAACUCAAAAUCCAGCGCCGUAGAGGCGGUCCAGACGAGCCCGGUGUGACGAAACAAGAAGAAUCCAGCUGGGAGAGUUUGUGAACCUGCUUCGUCUCAAAUGAACAAUUUCUCUCACUUCAGCUGGAGACGUUUGUAUUUCUUGAACUUUUCUAAGACCACAAACUGCUUGUGUGGCGCCUUUGAGUCCUAUCACUGAAACUACGAAGAAUGUGUUGGCGACAGGAAGGAGGAAGCUGACUACUGUUUGAUAAAGACUUUGUCCCUGUUUGUGAUGUGUCCAUCUGUGCUCUUCUCAAGCUGUGAUCUCCACCCUGACCCUCUACCAGAUGAUUUCUCCUCAUUAAAUCCCCUUCUAUUGAUUACAUGUAUCUCCUCCUUUAUCAACCUGUUGCCAUGGUGCGUUCUUGGACCAUGCAGAGUGUCUUUAUGGUACGUCUUAUGUUUUAAAGCUUGAAAUUGUUAAUAGUUGUUGUAAUUCCAUCACUGCAAUCCUUUUAGGUCAAACGAUUAUCGGAUAUUUAUUUUUAUUUCACAUCCUGCUGAUAUCGGACCGCACCCCCCUUUUUUUUUUUACUCUGACUGUUAGCGGAUGAAUCUGUUGCACUGUUGUGGCCGACAGCGAUAUUUUAAAUUUUUUUUUUCUUUAAAGGUUUUUGUCACAUGAAGUGUUUUACAUCCUUCCAGUGAAUCUUACUGUUGGAGACCAAAUGUUGCCUUCUGUGGUCAAAUCUGUGCCAACAUCACAAGUUCAGCCAGUCUUAAAUGAGUGCAGGUUUUGCAGGUGGUUUGUCCCGUUUAUUGUGAUCGAGUGUUUCAAUCUGUGCUGAAGAGUUUAGAUCAAUUGUAUUUUGAUUUCUGUGUACAUCAGUGUCUAAACGUGCAUUAUUGCGUGUUUUUUUUUUUUUAGCCAUUCGUGGUUUAGACGUUUAAAUGUUGCACCAGAAAAGUGCAUUCCUCUCCUGCGCGCCCGUGGCACUGAUCUGAGCAAACACUGGGUGACAGGAGGGCAGAUGGCGGACAAACGUACGUCAAGCUGCUUCAUAUUUUCACAGAACAGCAGCCUCAGCUGUGCGAAGGUGUGCCACUGUCACACGCUGAUUGUGUUUAUUAACCACAGAGUGAUUUAUGGAGAUUAAAGUUCCCUGGUUGCAUAAGCUGAGAAA